AAUCCGAAGACGUUUUAAGUGCCGAGCGUUCUCAUUAGUUUAUUGGUUAUAGUGACCGUAACUGAUUAAUCAUUAUAUACCUUAUCCCUGUGACAUUGGAUAGUUUCACAAUGCUUUAUGGAAGAAUGUCAAGGCUAACGUGAAAAUACUUGCUGUUGACUCGACUAUUCCGGAGGUUGAUCUACAGGUAUGUUUUAAUUGGGGCCUGAUAAGGCUGUGCCUCGGCUGUUUUCUGUUGAGUUUCUUGAAAUGCAAUUGGAAAUGCUUGCCGUUAGAUGAGGGGUUGAUUUUCGGAUUCCCCAACAUUCAUCGCUAGUGGAGAAGAGAUAAUUAAUAGAUAUAAGUGUGGAUGAUGGAGUCUAUCAACAACCUCACAUUUGGUCACCCAUCAUGGCACAGUUAUUCCUUACUGGGAAUUUGCCUGGCUGGCUACUUGUUGAUUGUCAGAUACCUUCGUUACCGCCGGAAAUCGGACAUUGAAGCCCCUUUUGUGAAAGGAAACCGGCCUCUCUCGAGUAUGACUACCGAAGAAGCCUAUGAAAUCAUGAUGCAGCUGCAAGAGCUCGAAUUCCCGUACGCAUUCGCAAAAGCUCGCAAGAUUGCACUGCUUAAAGCUGGAGGCAUCCCGACCAUGUCUAAACUCUUCGCCGUCACAGGUCAAAACGCCAAACGUAACGCAGGGAGGCGCUCCGUCGACACUGAGGUUCUUCUUCGAGAAUCACAGUCCAAGCGUCGGGACUCGGAGCGUUAUGCUAUGGCCGUGGCAAGGGUGAACUACCUCCAUUCACGUUACCGACGCGCCGCCAAAAUCACUGACCCCGAUCUGCUCCACACUCUCGGUGACGGUCUUGCUGAGAUCUUAAAUGUCGUGAAUAGAGAAGAAUGGCGCAAGUUGACUGACGUCGAGGUGUGCGCCGCUGGUGUUUUCCACAAGAAUCUGGGAGAAGAUAUGGAGAUACCAUUCACCCCAUUACCGUCAAGCGUAGAAGGGUGGAAAGAUGGUUUACAUUUCGCGAGGGAGCUGAGAGACUGGACAGUCCGAUAUGAGGAAGAUGUGGCAAUGGCCACACCAACAAACGACCAGUAUGUUAGGGUAUAUGUUGAUUCAGCUGUCGCAACUUUGCCUGGAGUCGUCAGGACAACUUUGAGGAAGGUUUUAGCGGAUAACCUAGACGACGUUAUGAGGACGAGCCUCUGUUUGGAGGCACCUGGCCCGAUUCUCUCGUCUCUCCUGGCCAUAGUUCGCAAUAUUCGAAUAGUAUUCCUUCGGUACGCGGCACUACCGCGUCCGUCUUCCCUCCCCGUGAAGAUGGUCGACGAUUUACCGAACCCGAAGACUGGGCUAUAUAAUUUCGAACGGAAAACCUUGCAGCCGUGGUAUGUAAGACCAACAUUUUGGUCAAUUUGGGGACCUGGUGCCUUCCUCAUCAAGCUGCUUGGUGGGAGAUUGCCUGGCUCGGGGGGAGACCGGUAUAUCCCCCAAGGCUAUGACUUGAUGACAAUUGGGCCAGAACCGCAGAACGGCAAGGGGUCUGAGGACAUGAUUGCAAAUGUACAGAUCAUUAGGGGUAAGGGAGUAGCAACAUGUCCAUUCUCGCAGGCGAAAGGUGGCGCUUUUUGAGGGACUUAAGCGAGUUAUGGGUGGAAGAACUAUCGACAUCGCAAUGAAAAUAGGCCUGAGCUAUACAGGGAUGAAAUUAAGAACAAUUCCAUAAUGUAAAAUGGCGCUAGUAUUUUGAAUCUAACUUACUGAGACUAUUAAUAGGUAGGUACCUAGCUUCAUAAUUCGCCAAAAAUCUUAUGAGUGAAAUCUAGGUAUUGUCGCUGGUGAGGGCUGCGAAACUAAAUCGAGAACUGGUGUUACCCAUUAUGGGAAUUUACAUGCAUGUUGGGGCUAUAUAAGGCAGGCUGCAC